CACUUUAAUUAACUCUCUCAUAUCAUAUCCCUUCUAUAUAAUUACUGCAUUCCUAUCAUCCAAUUCUCCACCAUGGGAAGCAUGAAGGUGCAUCAGUUCGCACGUGGAUUCUGGGAGCACGAACCAUCCCUCACGCUUGGCUGCAAGCGCUUACGCCCUCUUGCUCCCAAGCUGGCCAACACAGACACUUCUGGUGUCACUGCUUUCGACCUCAAGAGCUUCAUCAGACCUGAAAGUGGACCCAGAAAACUCGGUUCCUCUGAAGACAAAGACAAGAGAGAUCCACCUCAGGUGGAAACACACCCAGGAGGGACACGAUGGAAUCCAACACAAGAACAAAUAGGGAUAUUGGAGAUGCUGUAUAGGGGAGGAAUGCGAACUCCUAAUGCACAGCAGAUAGAACAAAUCACUGCACAGCUUGGGAAGUACGGCAAAAUCGAAGGGAAGAAUGUGUUUUAUUGGUUCCAAAAUCACAAAGCGCGCGAGAGGCAGAAGCAGAAGCGCAACAGUCUUGGCCUUAGUCAUUGUCCAAGAACCCCGACUGCCAUUACCACCAUUACUUUGGACUCCAGGGGGGAAUUGGAAAGAGAGGAAGAUAGUCCAUACAAAAGAAAGUGCAGGAGCUGGGGAUUUGAAACCUUAGAAGAAGAAGAAGAAGAAAGAAGAUCAUGUAAAGAGGAGGGAGAUAGAACUCUAGAGCUGUUCCCAUUACAUCCGGAAAGCAGAUGAAGGGGUUUGAAAUUUUUUUUCUUUUUUUUUUUUCUUUAAGCUUUUGUUCCAUUGUAAUCUGCUUUGAUGUGCUUUGCUUUCUUUUUCUUCUUUCUUUGUUUCGGGAAAGAAGAAAGACAAAGUUGUCCCAUUGUACCCUACUGCUUAUUUUAUUCCUGACUUGUAACCAAAGCGCCUUAUGUCACUCUUUAUUCGAUGAGUACUCUGCCCUUGUA